UUUUCUCUGUUUAUACUUUCGACGACACAAUAAUCUCAUAGGUAAAAUCCAAUAUGGCCGUGCAGGGAGAGGAAUGCUAGCACACCCUUCAGAAGACAAAUAUUACUUCACAGUGUAAUUAUUUUAAUAGGGUAAAGUAAAAUCGUGACUCGCAAUGUGGCUGCCAUUUCACAUAGUCUUUUUAAGAAGCCAGGCAGUUUUCAAAAUACGCUUUUCUGCUGCUCUUUUAAAAUGUUCAAGGCACAAGGAUAACGGUAACGUUACUGUUAACGUUUCUCGCUUUAGUCAUUCAGCUGGACUCGCAGCACAGCCAUGCAAGGCUCUUCUGUUCCGAAAACAUGGAAACCCUUCUCAAGUCGUUCAGUUGGAAGAUGUAGCUCUGCCACCCAUUGGUGCGAAGGAUGUCCUGGUUAAAAUGCUGGCAGCUCCAAUCAACCCAUCUGACAUUAACAUGAUUCAAGGUACUUAUGCUAUCCUGCCUGACCUCCCGGCAAUUGGAGGCAACGAAGGAGUGGCCCAGGUCGUGGAGGUGGGUUCCCAGGUGAAGUCUCUCAAAACAGGAGACUGGGUCAUUCCAAAAGAUGCUGGGCUAGGGAUGUGGAGGACAGAGGCUGUUCUAGCAGAAGACGAUGUCAUCUCGCUGUCGAAUGACAUUCCCUUGUUGUCUGCUGCCACACUGGGGGUGAAUCCUUGCACUGCAUUCAGGAUGCUGUCUGACUUUGAAGACCUCAAGCCAGGGGAUUCUGUGAUCCAGAAUGCAGCUAACAGUGGAGUUGGGCAGGCUGUCAUACAGAUUGCUGCUGCGAGGGGAAUAAACACUAUCAACAUUGUCAGAGACAGGCCAGAGUUCACACUGCUCAGUGAUAGGCUGAAGGCCAUGGGAGGAACUCAUGUGAUCAAAGAAGAGGCACUGAGGCGGCCUGAGAUGAAGGAACUGUUCAAGACCUGUCCAAAGCCUAAACUGGCACUGAAUGGAGUUGGAGGCAAGAGUGCAACAGAACUGCUACGUCAUCUACAGUUUGGAGGAUCCAUGGUGACAUAUGGAGGGAUGUCCAAACAGCCAGUUACUGUCCCUGUGAGUGCUCUUAUAUUCAAGAAUGUGAAAGUUCUGGGAUUUUGGGUCACACAGUGGAAGAGAGAUCACUCAAGCGAUGGUAGGGCAUUCAGAGCCAUGCUGGAUGAACUGUGCCACCUCAUUCAGCAGGGAAAGCUGACAGCUCCUGCCUGCACUGAGGUGGGCUUCCACGACUACAACAAAGCUCUGGACACAGCUAUGCAGCCUUUCACCUCAGCUAAACAGGUCCUGAUCAUGUGAACAGACUCCUCACCUAAUCAAAACACCGUCAUGACCAAAGUGUAUGAACUGAAUUGUAACCCGAGGACUGCCAUAUUAUUGUUUCCGUGUCAAUCAAAUACUCCGCUCAAGCACAUAUUCAAUAAAUGUGUCUUCACAGCAGGUGCAAAGUCCA